AUGUCAUUCUUUUCUUUAUUUAUAACGUUGGUUCUUAUAUCUGUUGUUCAUAGUGGAACAAUUCGUGAUAUCAAUAAUGAUAGUUCUUGUGAAACACAUAUUAGUAAGCUUGAUACAUGCAAAGCUAUAAUAAGUUUUUCUGGUGAUUGUUAUUCAAGUACAGUUGAUAUAUCAAAAACUGAAUAUGCAAAAUGUCUAACAAAUUCAUUUUUUUGGUCUUAUCCACUUAAUAAUAUGACAUUAAUUAUUGGAACACAAUUUACUCAACAACAGCAACCCUAUACAAUCUUGAUUGAUAAUGAACAAGUAAUGUCUACUGUUUCACACGUUUAUAGAAUAAUUAAUGAUAAAGAAACAGAAGUAACAACACAAGAAAAAUCCUUAAAACAACAUUCUGAUACAAAUUAUCAAAUUAUACUUAAAUUUCAAGGUCCAACAAAAUUAGGUCGUUAUGGUGUAAACAUUAAUUAUGAAUCUUAUCAAAGACUUUAA